UCACCUCCACCCUUACCGCUGCGACCGGAAACGCCUUCCACGUUCGGAGUCCGUGUCCUCGGCGAGAAAAACUGAAGCGGGUAGAAGCACGAAUCAAAAUUGACCUGGGGAUUGCGACGUCAUCACCCUCUCGCGCGCCUCGCAUCUUUUCAUCGAUCCUCGCAGACCGACGUGUCCGCGCUGUGCAUUGAUGUGUCGAGGGUGAAAUCGUUGGCCGGAGAACCGCGGAAGUCCUUUACAGGUAUGCCCAUGGUGUGUGGUUUUGUUGAGUUUUGUUCCGUCAUUCCGUCCUGGCUUUUCCAUGUUAUCACUGAUUGGUCUCUACGAGGGUGCAGAACACACUUCAUAUUGCUUGCGAUGCUUAAUUAUGUGAGCGGAAUGUAACAGUGCACACGAUGCCGACCCCGGUGGAUGGACCCCGUUACUGGUGCUGGGCGGUGCCACUUGCUGCCUGGGAUCAGCAUUACCAGCAGGAUAUAACAUAGGCGUCAUGAACAAUCCUGCCCAUGUUCGUAAUAGAUCAAUAUGCAAGCAUAUUCCGCCGAGCGCAGUGUCACCCGAAACUAUACUGUCGUAUGUUCGGCUUACAGCUUAUGCAAACGUUCUGCAACGACAGCAUCAGGGAAAGAUAUAACGUACAAUUGUCCGGCUAUGAGCUCCAGAUACUCUGGUCCGCCAUAGUAUCGGUCUUUCUUAUAGGAGGUGUGUCGGGAUCCUUGAUUGCUAGCUGGUUGAGCGACAGAUUCGGGCGGAAGGGCGCGUUGAGCGUCGGAAAUCUUUGCGGGAUUGCAGGGGCCAUUCUGUUCAUACUCGUACGAGUCAUGAACUCGGUCGAGCUUUUUCUGAUCGGCCGAGUGUUCGUCGGACUUUCCGGCGGCUUGGCUACCGCUCUGCUCCCGAUGUACAUGACAGAAAUAGCACCUUUAAAGUUGAGAGGUGCCGUUGGAGUCCUAUGUCAAUUGGGCAUCACCAGCGGCGUGCUGAUGGGUCAGAUCGCCGGACUCGAAACUGUCCUGGGCACUACCGAGUCCUGGCACAUAAUGCUGGCAUUCUUCUCACCGCUAUGCCUCCUUGCAUUAUUAUUAACUAUCACUUUGCCGGAAAGUCCGAAGUACUUGUAUGUAACUAAAGGAGAACAGGGAAAGGCUCUUAAAGAGCUCAGUCGUUUGCGCAACAUGGACGUAAUGCUCCUGCAAAACGAGAUCACUGGCCUGCAGCAUGAACUAACGAUGAGAUCAGCGAGCGUAACGUGGAACAUUAGGCGCGUGUUGAGAGACCCGGCCGUGAGACUACCUCUAUUCUUAGUAUGCCUGAUGCAGUUUGGCCAGCAACUCAGUGGCAUUAACGCGGUUUUUUACUACUCCAACACCAUAUUUCUCGGGGCCGGCCUGGGAAUCACCGGUGCUCAAUACGCAACCCUAGGCACUGGGGUUGCAAACAUUGGAAUGGCCGUCAUCUCUGUGCCGAUAAUGUCGUUAUUCAGCAGAAGAAAAGUACUGUUCCUGAGCUGUUACUUGUGCGUGGGUUGCCUUAUCGUUCUGUGCAUCUCCAUCGCGCUAAUCCACGCGGCCUCGUUCAUGCCAUGGCUCUGCACCGUUGCGGUGCUGGCGUACGUGAUAUUUUACGGUAUCGGCCUCGGUCCUAUACCGUUCUUCAUCGGUUCCGAAUUAUUCGAUGUCGGACCCAGGCCUGCUGCCAUGUCAUUGGGCAGCGUGUUCAACUGGGGAGGGAAUUUCCUCGUUGGAAUGAUGUUCCCCUCGAUGCAGGCUGUGAUCGGCCCGUACAUUUUUCUGGUCUUCGCCGGGAGCACGCUGAUCUUGGUACAGGUCAAUCGGAUCUAUCUGCCCGAAACGCGUGAUCGAAGCACGACGGACAUAGCGGCGGUCAUGACUCAAGGCUUCAAGUCAAGACCGAACGCAACACCUGCCGCGUAAACGCUUAACAUUCGAUUAAGUACUUUUUAUACAAUUUUUU